AGUCGUGCCUCCUUCUCCUGUGCAGUAUUAUUCGCUAGCUCGGGCACUCCGCUACAUUGACGGUUUCGCGUUUUUAUAACCUGAAAGUGAGUCUAGCUCGGCGAUUAAAUCGUUUGCCUUGAUUUUCACUCGCCGUCUGGCUUGUAUACAAAAUGAGAAGCACCGUGCGACUCGUGUUCUGCGCUUUUCUAGCCUUAAGCUUGAGAUCAGUUAGCGGUCUUGAGUGCUACCGAUGCGUAAGUACCAAUAGUUCGAGGCCGUUUUUGUGCAACGAAUUUCUCACGGAUUCUGAGGCCAUCGAGCCGGAUUCAUGUGACGAUGUUUACGGCGCUAAAUAUUGUAUCAAGCACGUUGGACGCUUCGAGGUACUAACACUCAAGUGCUAUCAAUGCACAUCAGCUGACGAGUGGAUGUGCGAGAAUCCGGCUUUAGUCAUCACUUAUCUUGAACCAAAGAGCUGCGAUCAUGUUUUUGAGGCGCAAUACUGCAUCAAAACUAUUGGCCGUUAUGGAGGAGGUAUUGGCACCAAGAGAUUCUGCUCAUCCGUAGAUUUAGGUAAUUACUGCGAGUACGUCCAGCAGCCUGGCGACAAACUGGAGUAUCGUACUUGCGUCUACACGUGUGGCUCGGACGGAUGUAAUCCAGCAACGUCGAUAUCGGCUUCGAAAUUGAUUAUCGUCCUGCUCUCGGCCCUGCCACCGAUAACUUACCUGCUGCUAAGAUAAAUUAUGCAAUUAUUGAUGCUGUUUAUACGUAUACGAUUCCGUCCAAUUGAACAACUGUGAAUUUUCAUUUUGUCAGCUGUGUGUCAUGAGUUCGUGUAGUUUUAACAAAUUAAGCGUAGAAUAAGAAUAGCUUGUAAACUUAAAGAUCUGAUGCAUCACGAUAAUAUGUAUAGGUUUAAGGAAUGGACAACACAGGUUUGAAAUAGUCAAAUCUUUUAUUGAAAAACUUUUUCAAUGAUGUAUAUUUCUGUUAAAUAUAUAAUCAUGCUACAA